AUGGCUCGCCCCAACCCUGCAGCCGUAACAAUUGCGCCCAGCCAGGAGCCAUUCACGAUCCAGCCAGUCAUUAGGGAGAUGCUCAGCACUCGCCGCUGCACAGCCGAUUCCAUAUUUAUCGUCGAGGGCAUCGAUAGGAUUCCGAUUCCAGCUGCGACGCCUGAGGACGACGACACUUAUGCUGUCAGACUGGUGCUCGGGGACGGCGAGCUGUGCAUUCAGGCUUUGCUCCACCCGGACAUGUUCAAACUCGUCGAGAAGCGAGAUGUCUUCGUGGGAUGCUAUGUGAAGGAGGAAGAGAAAAGGAAAGAGAGGGGCGACGAUAAGAGCAUGGUGUAUUUGAUAUUGAACGAUCUGGAGACGAUCGGCUGGAACGAAUGGUACAUGGCAAUGUGGCGUCGCCAUGAAAAGGGGAAAGAUGUCGAGGAGCCAACUAUGACUCCUACGAAGACUAGAUCCCAAGACAAGGGGAAAGCCAAGGCCAGCACUACGACCAGGCACUGGGGAGACAAUGCACACGGAGAAAUCGACGAGGAGGAUCUGGAGGACGCCUUCGAGGCUUUCGAAGCACGCACAUUUCCCUCCAGGAAGACGACGCCCAAAAAGCCCGCGACACCGAAAAAGCCCGCGCCCGUCGCCCUGCCCAAGGACUGGCACGACCCCCAGGUGCCGCUCAAGCUCACGACGCUGCGGCAGAUACCCCACCUCCCCUAUGCCCAGAACUGGUCCGUCAACGUGCUCGCCAUUGUGACCUCGCUCUCGGCCGUCGAGCCGUCCCACCUGCCGCCCGGCAAGCAGCGCACGGCACGCAUCGCCGAUCCCUCGACGGCCAAGCAGGUGCACUUGACAGUGUUUCUGGACCCGGAGGACUUCACUCCCAAGGUGGGCAGCGCGGUGCUGCUGGUGGGUGUCAAGAAUCACCGCUUCGACGGCGGGAGCUUGAAGAAGUAUGCGAGCGACGGGAAUAGAGAUGUAGGUAGGAGAUGGUGGUUUGAGGACCCGUGGGAGCUGGCGUGGCUGAAUGUGGCGGGGAUCAAAAGCUGUGUGAAGGAGCAGGUCGAGCAGCAGCCCGAGCAGCAAUCCGAUCAGUCGAAGCACCCCUCGACAGUGCUCGCCCCCAAGCCGCGGCGUCGAAGAGAGUCGCUCGACGCCCUGCUCGACAGCCUCUCGUCUUGGGACUUGCUCUACAUGCGGAACCGCCUGCGCGACGGCCACGUCAAGAUGGACGGCUUCGCGGGCCUCAAGGAGCUACCGCCAGAGGUCUUCGACUCAAUCGUGCCUCACCUGCGGCUGCAGGACGUGCUCAACUGCUACCUGGUCAGCAGGGACUGGCGAGAUACGUGGAGUAACGGUGCCGUGGCCACCGCCCUGUGCCGGCGCUUCUUCCCGGGUCUCCUGGAGCUCUACGGCGGCGACGUGCCGGACCGCCACGAGCUGUUUGUCGCCACGGCCAAGAUCUAUCUGCGGAAGCACUUCAUGAGCCGCACCAAGCGUUCCUUUGUCUCGUGGGAUGUCGGCUGGAGCUCCGAUUACUUCACCAACAUCGAAGUGCCACCGUCGGCACGUCAGCUGGGCGACCUGCGGCUCGUCGACUUUGGGUUCGCCCCCCUGACCAUUUGCUACUCCAGCGGCAAGAUUGCUUGGCAGCCGGACAACUGCCACAUCAUCGUCGAUGACCUGAACACGCGCGAGAGGGCUCGCUUCAGCUUCGGCGUCGACUACAUCACGGGCCGGCCUCUGCAGCUCCAGGUCGUCACCGAUAGCCUCGUCGUUCUGGCUUCGAGCUCGUCCCAGACCCGUGAAGCCAGGGCCACACGCAUACUGGACAACGGACAGACCAUAACCGUGUUCCACUUACAAUACCGGCGAUCCAAGAACGUUGUCCUACCAGGCAACCUUGCGCAGUGCUACGCCUACGGCGACAUGGUCGCCUUUGUCACCAAGCAGAGGCAGGUUGUGAUCUGGGGCUGGAGCGACAGUGCGUACGAGCUGGAUAUGGACCACCGCAGCGAGAACCUCCGGGAGCCUCUGAACUGGGAUAGGGACUUGGGAGGCGUGCCCGGUAUCUUGUUCCACCCAACGGACACAGACAUCGUCUUUGCCGUAUGGCUACACUCGCCUGCGCCACCGGAUCCUCGUAUUCACAUCGUCGUCGUCGUCAAGUUUGAGCGCGGCGUGCCCGUGAGGCGGUAUGAGACUGACCUCUCCCACCCCGGCUACCGGCGCCACCCCAGCAGUCGACACUCGUGUCCGUCGCUGCGCUUGGCACUCUCUUGCCAUAAGAUGAACGCCCAUGGCGGUUUCGCCAUCGGAUUCGUGCAAUACGUGCUCCACGAAGAAGGAGCUGCCUGGGACAUGAGCGAGGCCACCAAGAAUCCCGAGUGGCUCUGCAUCUGCUUCAACGUGCUGACGGAGUCAUUCCAGCUUAACAAGUACGAGAGCCACCGAAGACCGCACCCGCCACAUGUGAAACCCUUUGAUUUGUGUGCGUGGGAUGACCAGUUCAUCAUUGCCUGGUACGACGAGUACCUCGUUAGCAGACACUACUCGUACGGCAUGCAGUGGCUGGAGGCGAUCCCUGUCGAGGAGGGAGCCGCCGGAUGCCCGCGCACCACCGAGGCCGAUUUGGCGACCCGGCGGGAGCGGGCAGACGUGGCAGGCUACAUGCUGGAGAUUGGCUUUGCCCGGAGAAUCUUCUUGGACAACGACUUUCUCAUCAUCACGACGGGGCAGGGCUAUAUGGUGCUCACGUGCAGCGACGGAAUUGAUCUUCCCGGCCUCGUCACCGUCGAUGAGAAUGGCGUGCCCAAGAUGUCUACCAACCCGCCGUGGCCUGUCGCGGGGGAGCGGAUGGAGCCACCGAGGCUGCCCGGUUCGUGGGACACGAGAAAGGUGACGAGCCUGGAGAAGAUUCCAGCGGAUGAAGACGUCGCUCUUUGA